UGGCAUAUAUUUUGUCAUAUAUGUCCGUACAAAGAAACGAAAUUAGGGCAAUAGGGACGUCAAGAGAUCACGUGACCUUUUUGGGUGGCAAAUUAAAAAAAUGAUCAAACAAAAUAUCAGAAAUAACUGCGCCCGUCACACCAGGGAACGACGAAAAAAUAACAUAUUUAAAUGAAACCAAACCCUUUCUAAAAGAAGGAACUGUUUUUUUCGUAAGUGCUGAAUAAGUUGCUUUUUGUUGCUGUUAUUUUGCCACUAAAGUGCUGAGCGCGCGCGAGUUUGCCACCCAAACAGUCACGUGAUUUCUUAGCGUAAGUCCCCUUGGAACGUCACUCUUUCCUUCUCUCGCAAAUUAUAAUCUGCGUGUUUCUGAAAUUUUCUAUUCUUCACCAGUAUUAUUAUCAUCUGCUGGGAGAAGAGCAACUCAUACCAGAAUUACAUGUUGCGUAACUUGCACUUGUGAAGAACUUUCUUUUGGCGACAAGUGUUCUAGGGCAGCCAAGAAAAAAUGCUCUUGUUGUUAUGAGAUGGGCCAAAUUAGUACCGAGUCAUGUGUUGUCCAGGAAUCGUUAUCUUUCCUAGUGUCACAUACUAAUGAAACCUUUUCAUGUAGCAAAGCAUCUGAAACAUCAAUGGUAACAAGUACCCCACUGACAAGUUGGACAAGCGUAGAGACAACAGCGGCCGAAUCUACUAUACCAGCAGCAACAAUAACAACAACAACAGAAUCCGCAGCGACGACAGCAGAAUUAACAGCUACAACAACAAUACCAUACAUAACAGUAACAGCAACGGAAACGGAAACGGUGACAACCACUAUAACGGUAACAAUAACAGCGACGUUACAAGAAACAUUGACUACAACAGCAGCAGAAGCAGCAACAGCAGCAGCAGUAUCUACUAUUAAAACAAUAGGCAUCAAUGUGUCUAUAACACCCUCUCCGGUGUCUGAGUGGACUUCUGCUGAACCAAAAGACCUUCAGUCUCAGAUGACGAUGGUUCCUGGCGCCGCUCCUCUGUGCAUUUGCAACAAAAUCAUUGAGCCUCUUGCAUCAGACAGUAUUAUCACCAAGAUCAACAAACUUAUACAAGACUUGAUUCAGCAUCCGACAAACAUUUCAUUCGAGGAGGCCGUGGCAGCAGUUGACAACAUCACAAGUCUCUUAAACGAACCUCAAAUUGACUCAAAUCUGGCCCUCAGCACAUUGAUGAAUGCUUCCAGAGCCUUUGAAAAGUUCGCAGCUGAGUAUGGCGCUACACAUUUGAAUGAGACGAGCCCAAGAAUUUACAAAGUUUCCACUGGAAUAGAUGUGCUGUUGCAGAAGGUUUUGAAUCCGAAGCAGUCGAGUGACUUUAAGUUCAGUUACAGAAACAAUAUCAACGAGCUGACAAUACAAGCCAGCGUACCCUGGCAGAACAUCGACAAUGGUUCGGUAAUCCUUGCUGUGGUCUUUAAAAACUUCAUACAAGCCCUACCUACGGGCGGAAAUAUUGAAAGAUCGAUUGACAGUCACGUACUAUCGCUAGUGCUUCAUCCAAACCCAAGAAGCGUUCUCAACAAGAACGUGACCAUGACUUUUGACCAUAACAAUAAGGAUAAGAUGUUCACAGGUGAAGUUCAACGUUCUUGCGCCUUCUGGAAAUUUGCCACAAGUUCGCCAUCCUCUUCUGGCUCAUGGUCAACAGACGGAUGUACAGCGGUCUCAUCUGACAACCACGUGACGACGUGUAGUUGCAAUCAUUUGACGAACUUCGCGAUACUGAUGCAAGUUACUCCAAAACCUCCAAUAUCGCCCACCGACUCGAUCGUCUUUGACCUGCUGACGUAUAUCGGACUUGGUCUCUCUCUGCUCGGCUCCACUCUCACCAUCUUGGCUUAUCUGCUGCUCACCGACCGCACGUGCCAGCAGACGCAGAUUCGAGUGAACCUCGUGUUCUCGCUGUGGGCGGCUCAUCUUUUGUUCCUCACCGCCAUUGACGCCACGCGAUACACAGUUGUGUGCGUGACAGCGGCAGCAAUGCUUCAGUUGUUCCUCAUGGCCGCGUUAUUCUGGAUGUUGUUGGAGGGAAUCCAACUCUAUUUACAGCUCGUGCGCGUCUACAACGCCGACAUGAACCUCAAACUGUGCUACAUAUUCGCCUGGGGUAUCCCGGUUCUCGUGGUGGGGAUCUCACUUGCCGUUGUCGCUGGGAGCGCUCGAGGUAUUGAGAGCUACACACAAUUAAAAGCUUGCUGGAUUUCCUACAAUUACCAUGUUGCCUGGACUUUUGUAGUGCCUGCAGCAUUUGUUAUUGUGAUCAACGGCAGCAUAUUUUUUCGCAUCCUAAAGGAGUUGUCCAACAUGAGCCAGAGACAGCAAAGAGCUCAGGAAAGCUACUCCAUAGUGCGUAACCUGAAGGCGUGCCUUGUGCUCUUCCCCAUCCUUGGGAUUACGUGGUCCAUUGGAUUCGUCAACAUGCUGGAUGCAGGCGUGGUUACCAUGUACCUGUUUACGAUACUCAACUCUACGCAGGGCCUGCUCAUCUUCAUAUUACACUGUGCUUUGAAUCUUGAGAUGAGAGCGGCAUUCAGAGGGAAGCUCUGCCGCGAAAGCCAGGUUAAAGAUUUUAGCUCCUCCCACAGCCACAAAAAGACACAGGGGCAAAGUUCGAUUCCCACACCAUCGAAGACGAAAGGCGUAGAACUACAGCUAGAAGACGUCGACACUGGAGACUUGCCUUACACAAAUAAUACAUAUUGAUAGACUUGACAAAAUAUCUAUCAAAAAAGGCUUGGCACAGUUGACGUAUUCUAAAGACUCGACUCUGUAGAAUUGAUAAAUUCAUUUGAUAUGGUUGCCUCAGGCGCGUAGCCAGGCAGUCAUAGGUAUCAUAUAGAAAAAGCAGAUGAUAUGAAGAUUCCUUAAUAAGAAAUGAUCAACUUUUUGGCCCGCGUACCCCCCAGUGUACGCGCCUGUGUCUUUAGUACAGAUAUUAGAAUAACGUAAAAAAGUCCCUAAGUAGUUGUCAGCCCACUAUUGAAUUGCUGCUGAUAUAUCUUAUUUAAAGUUAUAUGCAUGCAUCUACAAGUCAACAGGUCAAUCAGUCAGUCUUUAUUCAGAAAAUGCUGAACAACAAGGAACAAAGAGAUUACUCUGUUAUGUAAAACGCCCACUUUAAAGGAAUUAUUACUAUGAAAUAAGAAAUAGAAUGCCGCCAAUUAUAUUUAUCAAUCAAGGUAGAUCAAGAUCCUGAAUCUUUUAAAAUAUGUUUAUCAAGGAUAUCAACUCAUAUAUGCCUGUACCGGCAAAAUAUAGAGGGUCUCAGAAACCUCAAAAACGCGGGGUUUCGGGUUCCUCUUGUGUGUAACGCCUAGAGAACCCGGACAUGCAUCCUUUAUCUUUAAUAAUUUCUGGUUAUAGCGACUGCAGUUUUCAUGUAAAUAGCGACUGCAAAUAAUAUGUCAAAGGGUUAGCCAUGCUUGAGGAUCCAGCGAUUUUCUUUUUUGGCCGAGAAAUCUUACGACGGAGAGGGAAAGCACGCAAAGGCUGCUGGUUAUCCGAGAAUACCACGAGCUCUAGGAUGCCUGGACCCCCAGCAGCUUAAUCAUUAACUUUUGUACAUAACUUAACUCGGUAUAUUUAUUGUUGAUACAUCGUCUGUAUGUAGAAAGUCAGUAGUAAUCUUUUAAAAUAGUUGUAUUGCAUUAUCUUUGACUUUUGUACAUAACUUUAUUUAUUGUUGCACUUUCGUCUUUAUCAUUAUGUAGAAAGUCAGAACUAGGGACGAGUCGAUUAUGCUAGCAUAGUUUCUGGCAUUCUGGCAUCAUCACCUUAAUAAUAUCAUAUUGUAUUUACUUAGAUAAAGCACGCGCUCAGUAAAAUUGAAUUAAAAACUCGAGUAAAAUUAAA